AUGACAUUAGGUUGCGAUAGAAGCGGUUCCUAUAGGAACAGACUAAAUUUGACAGAUAAUUCACGUUGUAGACAGACAGCCUCAAGGCUUUUGGGUUGUCCAUUUGAACUUUAUGGAGUUAGACAUGAAAAUAUUUGGUAUCUUGAAAUUCGAAACUCUGAACAUAACCAUGAAGCAUCAGUUGAUAUGUUUGGUCACCCAAUCGUUCGAAGAUUAAAUGUUGAGCAACAGGAACAAGUUCAGAGAAUGUCAGCUGCUGGUUCCCGUCCACGUCAAAUUUUAGCAACCAUUCAUCAGAACGAUCCCUCCUCAAUGGCUAUAUCCAGAACAAUAUAUAACACCUUAUAUUCCAUUCGCCAAGAAAGACUUAACGGUUGUAUGCCAGUACAAGCUCUUAUUGAUGAACUGCAAGGAUCCGACUUUGAAUUCGAAUAUCAAUGUGAUCACCAAAAUCGCAUAACAAAUCUUUUUUUUGCACACAGGAUAUCUAUUUCUCUAACUCGUACUUACCCCACUGUGCUACUUAUUGAUUGCAUGUACAAGACCAAUAAAUAUCGUAUGCCUCUAAUGAAUGUUAUUGGUGUAUCAAGUUUCAACACAACCUUUUUUUCUUGCUUUGCUUUCCUAAGUGAUGAAACAGAGGUUAAUUACGAGUGGGCUUUGACUUGUGUGUCAAAAAUUUUCAGCGAAUUGUCUCACCCUAGUGUAAUAGUUACUGACCGAGAACUGGCAUUAAUGAAGGCUAUUGAGAAAAUCUUUCCUAGUACUCAACAUAUUUUAUGCAUGUGGCACAUCAAUAAGAAUGUUUUGGCAAAGUGUAAAUGUUAUUUUGAUACAGAAACAGAUUGGAUUAACUUUAUAAAAAUGUGGCAAGUGGUGGCAACAUCUGUUACUGAGCAAGAAUUUGUAAACCAAUGGAAUGAAUUCUUAAAUUGUUAUGAAAACAUACCUGAAGUUCUGAGUUAUCUUCAAGAGACCUGGAUUACUCAUAAGGAGCGCUUCGUUUCCGCUUGGACUGAUCGUUAUUUUCACCUUGGUGAUCUUGAGUCAGUCCAUCACAAAAUUGUAUUACAAGUAGAGGCUCAGGCAAGAGAAAUGUGUGCAAUGAUUUCUUCUCAGCGUAUCAAAAUCCGUGAUGAGUGGAUAAAAGCGUCAACUGCAACUUUAGAUUCUCCUCUAAGACCUUGCACAAGAACUCUUAGAACCACAAUGGGGCUUCCAUGUUCACAUGUAAUUAGUGAACGUCUAGCAGCUAAUCAACCAUUACAACUGGUUGAUAUCCACGAACAUUGGUGGAUUCAAGGGCGUCGAAUAGAAUUUCUGGAACCUACCUACCUUGUAAAUGAUGAUUGCACCGACCUACAGCCCCUUCUACAAUCUCUUGAGCGAAUGUACCAAUUUUGGCCACCACACCAACAAUCUACUAUCCGUUCCCAACUAGAAGAUCUGGUGAAUACUCCACCAAUUGUGUUAGAAAAUCCUGUUACCCAUAAGCCACGAGGAAGACCAGCUGGUGCAAGAAACAAAAAUACAAGAACGACACGAAGAGAUCUAUCUGCAUUCGAACUUGUUGAAAAACGGUCAAAGCAAUGUGGUACAUGCCAUCAAACUGGCCACAAUUGCCGAACUUGUCCCAAUGCGUGA